UUUUGUGUUUGUUGUCGCAGGACUAGAUUUGAGAGAUAGCUAAAAGGCAUGGCCAUCUUCAUUGCAUCUCGUCGCCUCUCGGGCGGAUCGACGACCACGUCCUUGUUGCGCUUCAGUGCUUGCUGGAGAUCGUUUUCGACUUCUUUCAGGGAAGAAAGAGACACGUUUGGACCGAUCAGUGUUCCUUCUGAUAAAUUGUGGGGGGCUCAAACUCAAAGAUCGUUACAGAAUUUUGAGAUUGGUGGUGACCGGGAACGAAUGCCUGAGCCAAUUGUUCGUGCUUUUGGCAUCGUUAAGAAAUGUGCUGCCAAGGUCAACAUGGAAUAUGGUCUUGAUCCAUCCAUAGGGAAAGCAAUUAUGCAAGCAGCUCAAGAGGUGGCUGAAGGAAAGCUAAAUGACCAUUUUCCACUGGUUGUGUGGCAGACUGGUAGUGGGACCCAAAGUAAUAUGAAUGCCAAUGAGGUUAUUGCAAAUAGAGCAGCUGAAAUUCUUGGCCAUCAACGAGGUGAAAAUUUUGUGCAUCCAAAUGACCACGUAAACAGAUCACAAUCUUCUAAUGACACAUUCCCAACGGUGAUGCACAUCGCUGCUGCAACGGAAAUAAAUUCGAGAUUAAUACCGAAGAUGAAACAUUUGCAGGCUUCACUACAUUCCAAGUCAGUGGAGUUCAAAGAUAUCAUAAAAAUUGGGCGUGGUCACACUCAAGAUGCAACACCUUUGACUUUGGGGCAAGAGUUUAGUGGCUACACCACGCAAGUAAAAUAUGGAAUUGACCGAGUCCUGUGCACCCUUCCUCGCAUGUAUCAGCUUGCGCAGGGCGGCACUGCUGUAGGGACUGGAUUGAACACCAAAAAAGGGUUUGAUGUAAAGAUCGCUGCAGCAGUAGCUGAAGAAACAAACUUGCCGUUGGUCACAGCAGAAAAUAAAUUUGAAGCACUGGCUGCACAUGAUGCUUUUGUUGAAACUAGUGGAGCCUUGAACACAAUUGCUGCUUCCCUGAUGAAGAUUGCAAAUGACAUACGGUUGUUAGGAAGUGGUCCACGUUGUGGCCUUGGUGAACUCAUUCUUCCUGAAAAUGAGCCUGGCAGUAGUAUUAUGCCUGGGAAAGUGAACCCUACCCAGUGCGAGGCCCUUACUAUGGUUUGUGCUCAAGUCAUGGGAAACCAUGUUGCCGUUUCGGUGGGAGGAUCAAAUGGCCAUUUUCAGUUGAAUGUUUUCAAGCCUAUGAUUGCUAACGCUCUUCUACAUUCAGUGAGAUUGAUAGGGGAUGCAUCUGCUUCUUUCGAAAAGAAUUGUGUAAGGGGAAUUCAAGCCAAUAGGGAAAGGAUUUCAAAAUUACUGCCUGAGUCGCUAAUGCUCGUCACAGCUUUAAACCCUAAAAUUGGUUACGACAAUGCUGCAGCAGUUGCCAAGAAAGCCCUCAAGGAGGGAAGCACUCUGAAGGAAGCUGCGCUAAAACUUGGAGUACUAAGCGCUGAAGAGUUCGACAAACUUGUAGUUCCAGAGAAAAUGAUAGGUCCCUCAGACUAACUAGCAUGAUAUGCUUUCAGAGUUUGUGAUGAUCCCUAGUCCCCCAAAUAGUUUUCAUGAGGUAUCGUUUCGCACCAUUUUCCUCUAUUUGGUGCAGGGGCAGACGCACAUUGGGGCACGUGGGGUCACGUGCCCCCACGCCCUUUUAAAAAAAAUCCCUGAAUUUGUAUAUGUAAUUAUAUAUAUCCAACAUGUGCAAUAAGUUAGUGGUAGAUGGCUUUCUUUUAGAAAUAAAGGAUGUGGGUUCGAGUCCCACUCCCUUAAGUUUGUUUUGUUUUUUUUCAAAAUCCACUAGAACUCUUUCACAACUAAGGUUUCCUCCACUCCCCAACGUCUCCAAUCAUUUCUAUAGUACUCAAUAUAAAUCCGCACAUUGUAUUUGUACAUUUUGGUCCCCAAAACUUGUAAUUGUACAGUUAAUAAGAAAAAUAGAUGAUGAACAUGUGAUAAUUUUGUUUUAUCGCA